AUGACCCCGCCCAAAGGUGCCGUUGCCGAGGUUGGGAAACCAAGCCACAACGUCGUUGCCGGAGCCGACCGCCACUAUGUCCAAGCGUCCGUCCUGGUUGAAGUCGGCGAGACGCUCGACAGCUAUGCUUUGACUCGCACCCUUGGUACCGGCUCUUUUGGCCGCGUCCUUCUUGCUCAAGACAAGGAUUCCUCGGGCAACCCCGUCAAGGACGAUUACAAGGCCAUCAAGAUUAUCAACAAGGAGCGCGUCAUCAAGACCCGCCAGGUUGAGCAUACCAUCAACGAGAAGAACAUUUUGUUCACCACAAACUGCAACUUUGUGGUCAAACUGUACGACUACUUUCAAGACCUCAAGUGCCUUUACUUUGUCCUCGAGUUUGUCAACGGUGGUGAAAUGUUCACGCACAUUCAGAAGCAGCGCAAGCGCCGCUUCACCGAGGAACAAACCCGCUUCUUCUCCGCGGAAACAGUCCUGGCCUUUGAGUACCUGCACAACCUGGACAUUGUCUUCCGGGACCUCAAGCCCGAAAACAUGCUCAUCGACCAUCGUGGCCACAUUCGCGUCACGGACUUUGGCUUUGCAAAGCGCGUCGAUGACAAGACAUGGACCAUGUGUGGAACCCCAGAGUACCUUGCACCCGAAAUCAUUGUCAACAAGGGUUACGGCCACGCCGUCGACUGGUGGGCCGUCGGCAUCCUCACCUACGAGAUGCGCUGCGGUCGUUCUCCCUUUGAAUCCCGCUCGCAAAUGGAAAUGUUCAAGCGCAUCACCAAGCGCGACUACAAGUUUCCCCGCGACUUUACCGAGGAGGAGCGCUCCUUCAUCGAUGGCCUGCUCCAGGUCGAUCUCACCCGCCGCCUCGGCAACAUGCACGGCGGCGUGGAUGACAUCAAGCGCCAUCCCUACUUUGCCUCGCUCGAUUGGGACAAGCUUUACUCACACGCCGCCAAGUCACCCUACGUGCCCAAGGUCACGGGACCCGGCGAUUGCCGCAACUUUGACAGCUACCCCGAAGAGCCGGUCCGAUGGCAUGGAACCGGCGCCGACAAGUUUGGCGACACCUUCCAAGGCUUUUAA